GUGGAUUUCUCCUCUCGUGAUACUCCGACUUCUGUGUCUUACCCUUUUCUCUUUUUUCCAUCCAGUUUUAUCAUGGGUUUCGCUCAGAAAAUCGCGGCAGCUCAGAAUAGCCAGAACAUGGCGAACAGUGGCUCAUAUGGAGGUGCCCCUCCGUCAGGAUACACUGGGGGUCCUCCUGCAGCCUUGCAGGCUGGUGGAUCGAAUCCAUCAUCUCCCUAUUCCAGGCCUCCGCCAUCCACACCUUACCCCGCUUCUCAGCAACCUCAGCAACCUCAGCAAUCCCAGCAAUCUCAGGGCUAUGGCCGCCCACCUCCACCCCCACCACAAGGCCAGCCCUAUGGCUCCGCUAGUUCGCCUUACCCGGGCCAGCAACCGGGUCAGCCCUAUGGCUCUCCUAGCUCGCCCUAUCCAGGACGACAGUCUGCACAGUCGCCCUAUCCUGGUCAACAGCAAGCUCCACAGUCGCCCUAUCCCGGUCAACAGCAAUACCCAGGACAACAACAAUACCCCGGACAACAACCGUACCCUGGACAGCAGCCAUCAUAUAACCAGGCACCCCCCUACCCUACCCAGGGAGCUCCAUACCCUGGUGGUCAAGGCCGUCCUGGACCCUCACCUGGACCACCAAGUGGACCACCACCAGGCCAGUAUGGCGCACCCGGUGGCGCCCCUCAGUCUGCAGCUCCCCCAGCUACCCAGCAGCAAGUCGCAGCUUAUCGAUCGCUUUUGAUUUCCACGAUUCAGGAGAAGAAUCUCCAAAGCUUCUACCCCCCGGAGCGACUGGACCGGCUUGUUCAGACGCUUGCCGCUGAAGCACCGGGCAAGCUCAACAGACUGAUUCAUGAAUGGGCUGUGCCCAUGGAGGUUGCGACCGACGUCAUGAAGCUCGCGCUGUUCGACGUGGUUCUUUACGUCGAUGAUAGUGGUUCCAUUGAAUUUGAAGAGAAGGGUCUCCGAAAGGAUCAACUCAGACAGAUCCUCGGUAUCGUGGCUACUGCUGCAUCUACCUUCGACCAGGAUGGUAUUUCUGUCCGUUUCAUGAACUCCAGUGAGGUGGGCGACGGCAUCCGCGACGCAGAUGAUGUCAACCGCCUAGUGUCCCGAGUCAUCGACCCGCUGGUUGUUCAACCCGCCCGGGCCAACCGUCUUGAGAAGCCCGUGCUGGUGAUCACCAUCACCGACGGACAGCCUGCUGGCGAGCCUCACGGUGCUGUGGGUGAUGUUAUUCGCUACGCAGUGGAGGAGACGUCUCGGACCCGUUAUGGCCCCGGCUCCGUAUCCUUCCAGUUCUCGCAGGUGGGAACUGAUCAGCGGGCCCGCGACUUCUUGGGCUCUCUGGACGAGGACCCUCAUAUUGGCCACCUGAUCGACUGUACCUCCAACUUCGAGGUUGAGCAGGAUGAGAUGGCCCGUGCUAACCCACCAGUGCAUCUCACUCGCGAGCUUUGGUGUGCCAAACUGAUGCUUGGUGCUAUUGAUUCCUCCUACGACACCAAGGAUGAGCGAGACAACGAACGUCGCAAUGCACCCCCACCUGCAUCGGUAAGCCAGUACGGAGGAGGAGGUUAUGGACAACCGCCACCCCAGGGUCAAGCCCAGCCUCCGUAUGGUCCGCCCCCUGGUGCCCCACCAGCUCCGUACGGUUCCCAGUCGGGCUACCCACCGCAGGGUCAACCAGGUCAAUACCAACAGCAACAGCCUCCCCAGCAACCUCCCUACCAGGGCUCGCGUGGCUAUGGUCAGCAACAAGGGUAUGGAUCGCAGCCUGGAUCUGGUUACCAGUACGGUGGACAGCCACGUUAUUGAUGGAAUGUGAUGUCAUACGCUUAGGCUUCCGUUAGUUUUUU